AUGCCAACCUUCUGCCACGAAUUUUCACCGUUGCUAGUUGUGACGCCAAUGCACACUCCAAUGGUGUUGGAAGAGCAAGAAAAUGAAGAAGAAACACAUCAAAGUGUUGAUCAACAAGAAGACGGUGUUUUUGAUUUGGACGAAGACAUAGGUGACGAUGACUUUGAAGAAGAAGAGAGUGUCGAUAGUGAGGAACAAGACGCUAUAAACGAAAUAAUGCAAAGAGUUGACCAACUAAAAAAAGAUGGGGACAAGCGAAAUAAAAUGCUUGGGGAAAUGAUCAAGAAAAAUUCAACAACCAACGCUCUGUAUUAA